UUUUGAGUCCACUGCGGCCACCGUAGGCAGGCUGCAAGAUGGCGGCUUCCAUCUUCACGGGCGCCGUGAGAGCUGCCUCAGGAAUAUUACGACCCUUGAAUGUCUUGGCAUCUUCAACCUAUCGUAACUGCGCCAGGAAUGCCUGUCUUAAUUCUUCACUGUGCACCAUUCAUUUUAGACAUAUUCAGACAUCAGUUGUUUCCUCUGCUCCAAGACUUGUCACAUCUGUCAGACACCUGGCAUAUGGGCAUACCGCCACAGUCCUUAAUAGAGUGGCCACGUUGGUUCCCAGUGUCCUGAAGCCACCAGUCAGAGCUCUAACAUACUGCAGCACACGGAAAGGCAAGAGAAAGACGGUAAAAUCGGUCGUGCAUCGCUUCCUCCGACUUCAUUCUGGCCUUUGGCUAAGAAGAAAGGCUGGCUAUAAGAAAAAAUUAUGGAAAAAGUCAACUGCAAGAAAGAAGCGCUUGAGGGAAUUUGUGUUCUGCAGCAAGACCCAGAGUAAACUCCUGGAUAAAAUGACAACGUCUUUCUGGAAGAGGCGCAACUGGUACGCUGGCGAUCCUUACCAGAUGUACCACGAUCGAACAAACCUGCGCGUAUAGUUCAGAGCUAUCAUAGUUCUCAGCUAUGGAAUGUGGGUCUUGGUGUAUAUGAUGCCCUUGCUAAAGUGAGUAAGCGUUAAACUGUAAACUGUACCAGCUGAUAGGCAAGUUUAGAUUACCACCAUUGGGCAUUAAACAUUCCCAGAGUUGGCCAUAGAACUAAAAGUUAAAUUGUGGAUUAUUUCAAAAAACUGGUAAUGGCUUUCCUUAUUCCUGCAAUCUUGGGUGAGGAAAAACAUGAAGACGUUCAACAGUGGGCCUUUGUGUGGGAUUGAGAUGGUAUCCAGGUCUUUGCACAUGCUAAACAGACAUCCUACGUGCCUAUUCCCAAUAUGACGCAUGAUGAAUUUAAAACAUAAGUACCUAGGAACUCAG